AUUUUAAUCGGUUCCCGCCUUUACGAAAACACACACAUAUACACUCGAAAUCAUCAUUCAUUCUCAAAUCUGAAUUAAUCAAACCACAGGCAUUGAAUUUGAAAUAUACGAUCGCUUGAAUCCAGAUAAGAACCCGUAGUAAAGAAGCACGAUAAUGGCAGAUGACGUAAGCAGAUGGUCCGUAACCUACACGAAGCACAAAACGCAGAAACGCAAAAUUUAUCAGGACGGAUUUCUAGAGCUUCAAUCAUCCAGUCACAAGGUUAAGCUAUAUGACGACUGUGAUAAACUUUUGGAAAGCAAGAUUGUGAAGCUUGAUGAUGCGGUCAGAUCAGGUGAGACACUAACAUUCGGUGCUUAUCUUGUUGAUAUUGGUGAUCCCCAUGGAGAAAGUGAAACUAAACCUGUUCCAAACCCGAUUCUUCAAAGAGACAAAAUUACGAUGGAUAGGAAAGCUACACCCAACAAUAGAACCAGCAUGGGUAGACUACAUGUUCGUAAAGGUUCAUCCACCAAUCUGAGUCCAUCACAGAAACUUAUUAGAGAGUUCAAGAGACGUGAGGUCAACAUAUAUAGUUCUUCACCCAGUCAUCCAGACACUGUGAAAGAUGAUUCAACAGAGUGGCAGGUCUUGUACACUACUCAAUUAACACAAAAAGCCAAGAAGUUCCAUGACGGAAUAUUGAAAGUUGCGGUUUCUGGAUUGCGCGGGAGGCAGGCGGUGCUGUAUGAUGAAACAAGGAGAGUCUUAGACAGUAGAUUCCUUAAAAGUGAGGAAAUUAUCAGUGCUGGUGAUACAAUGAGAUUUGAUGGUCAUAUAGUGGACAUCGUAGAACUAAAAGACGAUAAACCUCUCAAAAGUACAAAUGUUGAUGAAAGUAAUUGCUAUAAACAGAAUGCAGUGCAGUCAAAGAUUCAACCUGAUAUGAAAGAGUGGGACGUCAUGUACACUGCUCAAGUAACCCAAAAGGCCAAAAAGUUCCACGAUGGUGUCUUGAAACUUGCAAGUUCUGGGUUACAAGGGAGGCAGGAGGCUACUCUGUUAGCAGAAGAUGGAACAAUUUUGUCUCGCAGAUACCUUAAACUUUCAGAAGACAUCAAUAGUGGAAGUUCUUUUAACAUGACAAAUUACUUGGUGGAAGUUUGUGAACCAAGAAAACAGUCUGCAGAAAAAUGUCCAGUAAAAGCUUCUAUAACGGAAAAAGAAACACCAGAGAUUAAGAGAACUGAUGUGGAUAAUACCAAAUUAUGUAAGAGAUUCCCAGCUGGUGAUACAAUGAGAUUUGAUGGUCAUAUAGUGGACAUCAUAGAACAGAAAGACGAUAAACCUCUCAAAAGUACAAAUGUUGAUGAAAGUAAUUGCUAUAAACAGAAUGCAGUACAGUCAAAGAUUCAAACUAAUAUGAAAGAGUGGGACAUCAUGUACACUGCUCAAGUAACCCAAAAGGCUAAAAAGUUCCAGGAUGGUGUCUUGAAACUUACAGGUUCUGGAUCACAAGGGAGGCAGGAGGCUACUUUGUUAGCAGAAGACGAAACAGUUUUGUCCCACAGAUACCUUAAACUCUCAGAAGACAUCAAUAGUGGAAGUUCAUUCAACAUGACAAAUUACUUGGUGGAAGUUUGUGAACCAAGAAAACAUUCUGCAGAAAAAUGUCCAAGAAAAGUUUCUACAUCAGAAAAUGAAACACCAGAGAUUAAGAUAACUGAUGUGGAUAAUAUCAAAUUAUGUAAGAGAAUCACAGCUACCAAACCACCAUCUGACGUAAAACCGCCAAAAGGAGCUUUCUUGUUGCAAGAUACUGAAUUAAAGGUUAGAAAGCCUAUUGCAGAUGAAGUUAUAUCAACGACCAUCAGCAAAAACAAGAGUUUACGUGAUGCCAAUUCAAUUUUGUCCAUUCUUAAAAAACCCAGUACUCAAGGUGUCUGUGUAGAAAAAAUACAUUUAGAGGCUCAACAAGACUCUUGUAGUAGUAGAGCUGACAUGGCACCCUGCAAUGAGGAAACACGAGUGUCUUCAGAAGCAGUAUCUACCUCAAACCUCAAUGAGCUAGCUAAAGAAGCUAAAGAAACUAAAGAUCAAAGUAAUGCUGAGAUUUCUGGUGAUAACAACAUAAUUGACUCGAGAAAUGUUGACUUUCCAAGUUUUGAUCUUGGAAUUGACUAGGGUCAUCAUGGAUUCAUUGCGGUUUUCUCACCAUCCUCCUGGUAAAGAAAAGUGGAA